UUUGUCCUUCAGGUCUUUGGAAGUCGUAGUGAACGGCUUCAGGAAAGUCUAGAAGAUGGCGAAGGCGUUGUGGAAAAUUUCCUUGGCAGUCUUGUUGGUGUUUGGAUCUGGAGGAGCAAGUGGAAAAGAAGUAUGCUUCGAGAGCGAGACCAAAGAAUUCACGUGUUCCGAACCAGUCCUGACGUUCAACAACACUGGCCAAGGGAUCGACUUAGCACUGGGAGGCCAUGGCAAGGGAGGCCUUCCCAGUCUGCCGAUACCCAUCCACCAGACUCCACAUGGCUUGAAUAUUUCCUCCGUGAUGAUACCAGACGAAGGAAAGGUGGAGUUCAGGAUUAAAGAAAACUUUGUGGAAGUGAAGAACGCUGGUAGCUGGGAGAGUGUCUUCAAAGGUGAAAAGGGAAAAAUUGGAUUCUACAAGUUCUCCGCUCCACCGGAUGCACGGAUCUGUGUGACUUGCAAUACAGAGGAUAUUUUUGACAAGAAUUCUGCACCUACUGAGAUCCCUGAACAGAACAGCACACCUGACCACCACAACACGGAACAGAACAUUUUUACCACCGAGAACAGAGACCAAGAUACUUUGGCUACUGAGAACGGAGAACGGGAGAACACUUCUGCCCCUGACAAUCGAGAACAGAAUCCCUCGGCCACUGAGAACGGAGAACGGAACACUUUUGCCACCGAGAACACUGAACACCGAAAAUCUGGCGGCAUUGUCACGGCUGCGAGUGCAAAAGAAGAGGAUAAAGCAGACAACCGAUCGUGGUGGUGGCUGCUGCUGAUUCCCGCCUGUCUCAUCCUUGCCGUCUACCUGUUCACGAGACACAGACAGUCUUCUCGGUACUCCGUGAGAAGAGCGCUGGAAAGCGAGGCUGCCGAGAGAAAGGGCGACGGAACUCCGGGAAUAAAGCUAACGAAUGAGGAAGAAGGAAAAAUCGAAUGAGAACAUCGAAUGGAAGCAAAUCUGAAAGUGUGAAUGACUGAGGUUGCGGGAGUGCGAAUAGUGGAUCUCGGCUUAAGGUGCGAAUAGUGGAUCUCGGGGUGCGAAUAGUGGAUCUCGG